AUGGCUGGAGGCCGUGUCUUUGCUCAGGGAGAUUCGGGAGGCGAAGUUGGAGCCCGACGUCAUCUCUUCGGCUACAACGCUGGGAUCAGCGCCUGCGAGAGAGGGAAGCAGUGGCAGCGGGCUCUGGCGUUGCUCAGCGAGAUGCGGGAGUCUAGGUUGGAGCCCGACGUCAUCAGUUAUAGCGCUGGGAUCAGAGCGUGCGAGGUCAGCGAGUUGUGGGCCAAGGCCCUGGACCUGCUCGAGUCGAUGCUGGGAGCCCGUGUGGACCCUGCUGCCGCCGGCAGCCCAGACGAAGGCUUGUACGUGCACGACGUCGAGGCAGGUGGCCCUAAGGACGUCUUCAAGCACAUCGUUCUCGUGGCGCUGCUGCAGCAGAUGGCGGCGGGCGCAGAUCCCUUCACCUUCAUUGACAUGCACGCCGCUUCUGGUGUCUACAACCUCAGUUCCGAGGAGACGCUCCGAUGUCGGAUAUUGGAAAGGGGCGUGCUCCGGCUGUCACACGCAGCUGAAGGCAGUGGCAAGGGUCUGGUUGCAGAUUACUUGGCCGCGGUGUGGAGGUGCAACAAAGCCCUGGACUCCUCCUCGCGAGCCCUGACCCUCUACCCAGGAUCGCCUGCGCUGGCGUGGCAGUGGCUGAGGCCACAGGACACCGCCGUUCUGUUCGAGGCCGCCACGGAGCCCUACGAGGCCCUGAGGCGAACCUUCUCCUUGCUGGACCGAGGGGUAGGUCGCCGCCUCUCGCUGCUGCACGACGACUCCUACAUGCGGCUCACCUUUGGGCCCUGGCCUUGGCCCAGCGGGCGGCAGCUGGUACUCCUGGACCCGCCAUACGAUUCCAUACAAUCCCACGGCACAUGGAACGUUUUCGUCCUCAGGCGCCUACUCCAGAGGUCGCCCUCCAGCUGCGUGGCCCUGUGGUACCCGCUGGUGGACCAGGAAAAGGUCGCGAGUCUGCACAGCCGGGUCCAGAGCCUCGCCGCAGGCAGCGUGCUGGUGGCCGAGAUGUGGCUCGAGGGCUCGUGGCCACGCGGAGAGGCCCUGCAGGGCUCGGGGAUACUGGUCGUGAACCCGCCCCCUGCAGUGCACGCGCAGCUCCUCGCGGCUCUGCCAGAGCUCCAGGGGGCGUUGGGGGCCACGGGCUCCCGGGUGCUGUGGCUGUGA